AUGUUAACCUUCUCAAUAAAGAUAUUCUACUACAGUCCACUGGACGAGGGUUUUGAGAGAACAGAAAUAAUAACUCAGCCAAUUACUUCUUUCACACUGCAAAACCUACGUCCUGAAACUACCUACUUUAUCUGUCUACGUGUCCACCACCGGUUGCAAUCAACGAAAUUCGGCUUAACACCUGCACCCACAACAUCCACCCUGACAACUACCAACCGCUCUCCCUUAAACUGGCAUGUACGACAGCCCUCAACUCCCGUCUCUCCGGACAACUACGCCUACGAGGUGCGUUGUACCCAGGCGACCACGCAGAACUGGCACCUCUCUGCCCUCAUCGGAGGCAUACUGGGGGUCGUGUUUGCUCUUAUGCUCGGCUUUUUGCUCCUCUUCGUGUUGAAACGCAAUCAAUGCCUUCCGAGUAGCUCCAGCGACUUCGGCAAGCAGAUGACACAAAGAUCGCUUCUCCGAAACUCCUACAGUCACAGAGGUGGCUCGCGUCGACGUGGACGAAAAUCGAGCACUAAACGCGGCAGCCAACAUAGCAGCCUAUGGCUAAGUCGUUCCUCCAAUAGCCGCAGCGAAUUUAGCGGUCAUCUAAGAGAGGAGGAUGAAGAUGAUGAAGACGAUGAUGAUGAUGAGGUGAUUGCUGAAGACGACGAAGAGGAUACAGAAAUUGAUACGGGCUGUAAAUCCUCAGUACGCUCGCAAGUGGGAAUAUAUGGGGGUUCUGGUGGCACUACGGGCAGUAGCAAUCGUCACAGCUCGAUGAGCAGCUCUAUCGAUGCUCGAGAAGACUCCUCCUCUGUAGCGAUGUCAUAUCUUCCAGUGAACAGCGUCCCGUCUCGAACCGCCACAAGGCGCUCUCGUGACAUGAAGCACUCCUCUAUGGGGUACGAAAACAUAAAGAACAUCUACGGGGUAAAGUUGAGUGUAGUGACACCCACUCCCGAAGCAAGUGGCGCCAAGGAGAGUCUUCAAAAGGUCUCCUUCACUCCUGUAACCACAACGAUUGAUGUUGAUGGGCGGAAGCCAGAACAAAAUGCAGUUUCUCCUUCGGUGGUACCAGUCCUUCCUGACCCUCUUCGUGAAUCUUCAAUAGCCUCCCUUCGGUCACCGCUUGUUACCUCUCCUUCACCUCUGACGAAGUCCUCUCAAUCAUUCGGAUUAGAAAGUGACAGCAGAGGUGCAUGUCGAAGUCCAGUACCUUUGCCGGAGCCACAGCUUGUCGACUUACAGACCCCAAUACUGGUGGGUUUGGGGUGUAAGGAUGACUGUACGUGCAUUGAAUCACCGAAAAUAGAGGCCGCUUCACAACUUCUUCCAGACAUCCCCUAUAUUUUGUAUGACGAUGAGGAGGAAAAUGCUGCUGACUACGAUCUCAACUAUGAGUCAUCAUUGAGUCUCACCGACGCUACUUCAGGUAGCUCGAGUGAAAGUAUCGUUAGCAGCAACUAUGACUAUGAAGAUUGUCACUACUUUCCACCGUCUGAGAAGUUUGAGGGGGCCAGGCACCAUAAUCCAGGCAGACAGGGCCCUUCAAUUUACGCAGAAUUUAUUGAGACAAUAUAG